AUGAGUAAUAAAAGGAAAGCGACAUGGGAUCGUUUAAAGCAGCAAAUGGCGAACAAGAGGACGGCACCUGAUGCGAAUCGGAAGGCUAAAGGUUCAAGCGCUCCCCAUAAAAUAAUAGUCCAAAGGUUAGCAUCGGAGCCAGACAAUAAGCAAACCUUCCGACCAGUACAACCGCGAGAAUUUGUAGAUUUCCCGUAUGAAGAUCUAUCCCUGGCAAAUCUUAAGAAAGCUUGUGCGGCACACUUUGCUUUACCAGCAAUGACAUGCGACGUACUAGUUUCAAAUAAAGGACCAUCAGCCACGAAUAUUAAGCAGAUUCCCCACAGAAAGGACAAG